AUGCCAAGAGUAAGUCCCUUUUGGGCGUAUUUUUUAAGAGACACACCAAAAAAAGAUAUUGCUCAGUGUAAGCUAUGCCCAACACAAAUAGGCACCAAACAGAGCACUACGACUGGUUUGAAGGUUCACAUCAGAGGUUGUCAUAAUGAAAUCUUUCUCAUCAUUGGGAAAGAAAAUUUAAAACGAGCACCAGAAACAACAGCUGAGCAGCUUGCACAAGAAUCAAUUUUGGACACUCAUGGGCCAAUAGCUCUAAGUGCAAAAAGAGUAAAGAUGGACAUUUCAUCUUAUUGCAAGGUUGUGACAAAAUAUGGAACAAACGACAAGCGACAGUUAAUAGCUGACUUGGAUAUUGUGAAAUAUUUGUGCAUGGGAAAUUUAGCUUUUCAACAUGUUUCAUCACCUGCUUUUAAAGACUUUUUAUUAAGCCUUCGUCCAGAAAUUAUUAUUAGAGCACCAUUAACAUAUUCAAGAAACAAACUUCCAAUCCUUUAUUCUAAUGUUUUUGAGGCAGUUCUUAAUGUUUUAACACAUGACUUAAAAGAUGUAGAUGCAGUUGGAUUUACUUCAGAUCUUUGGUCCAGCAAAAGCAAUGAGUCAUUUGCAGCCUUGACGCUUCAUUAUAUUACAACUGGCUUUGAACUAAAGACAUUUUUGCUGGGCUGUAAUGCUUUUCCAGACAGCCACACAGGUGACAAUAUUUCAAUUAAAACAGACACAUUAAUUUCUGUUCUACCUUUCAAUAAUGGUUGUAAAAUGACUUCUGUCACAGAUAGUGCAGCAAACAUGAUAUCUGGGAUGAAAAAAUCGGCCAAAAUUGAUGAAAGUAUUUCCUGCAUUGCACAUUUACUUCACCUUGUUAUUAUCAAAUCUGUCAAAGAAGUCGAUGAGAUUGAAAAAGUUUUUCAGGUGCGCAAAACACUCUCACCACGAACUCACAAAUCAAUCAACAGUCAACAGAGAAUUAUGGAAGCAUGUAAUGAUGUCAUACCUGAGAAAAUCAAAUUUAAUAAAAUUAUUUCUCCUUGUCCUACACGUUGGAAUAGUGGUUUUAUGUGCAUGGAUUCAAUAUUACAUUUACGAUUAGCUCUUGAAAUAAUUGCAAGCAGCAACCUUAAAACGGACGACAUUUUAAGGGCUUUAAUUCCAUCUUCUGAUGAGUUUGAUGUUAUUGAAAAAGUAGUGCCGAUCAUGAAACUGUUUAAUGAUUUUACAGAGGUUGUUUCAUCUGAAAAAAUCCCAACUUCUCAGAGAGUUGUUCCAGGACUGUUUGAUAUUCAAGAGAAUAUUAAAAAGCUUAUACUGCCAAAUGACAAAAUUACAGGAGACUUUGUUUCUAAACUCCUUUCAAAUCUUAACAAACGAUUUCCAGACUGUGGUUCAAGACAAAAAAACAAUGCUUUAGCUCACUUACUUGAUCCCAAAUUUAAAGGCCUCCUUUUGACAAGGUUUGGCCAAGACGAUGUCGCACUCAGAGAUUUAAAAGAAAUUUCAAUAGUAAAGCAACCAUCAAAUUUGAUUUAA